AUGCAGAAUCUCGGUGCAUUCUUCCAGUUUCCAAACUACUGGUGUAUCCUCAAUGACUUUGAUAAGUUCCAGUAUGGUAUAUUAAGGGUUUCUUUAUCCACACAUUACGCAAAGAAUCAGAGGAAUAAAAGAGUUGGGAAUUUUACAGAGAUUCUGGAGUUAAUCAAACGCUUUUGCAUCCGUGGUGAUGCGGACGACUGGCGUAGAUGCCUCGUUUGCGGAGUUUGCUGGCUUCCGAAUGGGAUCGCAGUCAAUACUCGUCAAUUGAAGCUCCUGAUCUUCAAGUGCAAGUCAUCAAUCAACGGAUCACUCCACAAGAUGGGCUAUUCCGUCAAUUUUGGCCGUGCAGAACCUACAAACUCACUUGUAAUGGCGAUUCCAAUUUUAAAGGAUAAUAUCAACGAAUUGAGGCAAUGGACGAUCAGACAAUGCGUUGGACAAUGCGCAUCACCCGUUUCUCCACCCUCUACCGUUCAACCGGUAAAUCAACCAACUAUCCAGACAGAAGUUUCAAUCGAUUGCGGAAGAUCCAAACCUCUUCCAAUUCCAAACAUCAAUUUCAACACAGUCAAGAAGGAAGAUGAAGUCGAUUCCUUCGAUCCUCUAUUAUUGAUCGACAGAUUUGGUUUAGGAGUUCCAUUUGAUAUUGAUACUCGGACACCUUCUAUUGAGCUUGAUUUAGUUUAA